ACCAGAAGAAGAGCACUCAGCAGAAACACCAGACAGCGCAGCAGAUAUUGCUAUUGCUCACACACCAUUGCUAGACAUAUCCUCUUGCCAUUGCUUUUCUCCUCUACAACUCCACAACUCCACAAUGUCUGCUGAAGAAGAGUCCAUUUUCCGUUCUGCGGAAAUGUCAUUGAUCCAAUUGUAUAUUCCCAAUGAGAUAUCAAGGGAAACUGUUUAUUCCUUGGGAAGUCUGGGCUUGAUUCAAUUUAACGAUUUAAACAAAAAAAUCAACUCCUUUCAAAGAAAUUUCAUAAAGGAAAUCAGAAAACUAGAUGAAGUUGAAAGACAAUAUAGAUUCUUUAAAUCCAAACUAGACUCUAAAAGUAUUUCACUAAUCGAUGACCAAUACCAGUUGGAUGCCAAUCCCAUCGAUACCUUCAAUAUUAUAAAAGAAAGUGAAAUCGAUACCUAUAUCGAAAAUGCGACUUUUUUAGAAAAAAGGUUGAUCCAAUUAAUUGACUCUUCGGAAUCCUUACAGUUUAAAAAAAUGAAAUUGGAAGAAUUAAGAUACGUUCUCUCAAAUUCUGCCACUUUCUUGGACAGAAAGGAAACCACUGCUAACUUUCAAAGAAACUCAAUCAUCUCAUUUAACGAUCUACAAAAUUCUACAAACAAUUUAUCCAACCCUCCAGAUUUUGAUGACCAUUACGAUAUCGAUGAUAAUAUUCAAUUCAUCACUGGCGUCAUUCCCAGAGAAAAUUUCGUUUUUUUGCAGCAAAUUCUUUGGAGAACUCUCAGAGGUAAUUUAAUCCUCAACUCAAUAGAAAUUGAGUCUCCAAUUUAUGAUCCUGUCUCUAAAAAAUUCAUCUCGAAAAACUUUUUUAUCAUUUUUUCUCAUGGUAAUUUGAUCUUAAAUAAAAUUAAAAAAAUUUGUGAAAGUUUAAGCUCAAACCUAUACGUUAUUCAAUUUGAUAAGGUAAAGAGAUCUUCAACUUUCUUGGAAACUAACCAAAACUUAAAUGAUCUAAAUUUAGUGCUCAACCAAACUGUUCAAACUUUAGACACUGAAUUAAUCGCCAUCUCAAAAGUCCUCACUGGUUGGUCUCAAACUAUUAAAAAGGAAAAAUCAAUUUAUAAAAUCUUAAACCUAUUCAACUAUGAUGUUAAUAGGAAAACGCUUAUAGCUGAAGGCUGGGUACCAACAAAUCAACUUCUAAACAUUAAAUCAAUUUUAAAAAAAAUCACUGAUUCCUCCGGUUCAAGUGAUAUCCUAAUCAUCUUGAAUGUCUUAUCAACAAAUAAGACUCCCCCUACUUAUCACAAGACAAAUAAAUUCACAAAUGCUUUUCAAAAUAUCUGUGAUGCUUAUGGUGUAGCCACCUACAGAGAAGUUAACCCUGGUUUACCAACAAUUAUUACUUUUCCCUUUAUGUUUGCUAUCAUGUUUGGUGAUUUAGGUCAUGGCUUUUUACUAUUCUUAGCUGCUUUGCCCUUUAUAAUCAAUGAAAAAAAAAUUUCCCAAAUGAAAAGAGAUGAUAUGUUUGAUAUGGCUUUUUCUGGUAGAUACAUCAUUUUAUUAAUGGGUAUCUUUUCAAUGUACACUGGUUUGAUGUAUAACGAUAUUUUCAGUCUUUCAAUGACUUUCUUUAAAUCAGGUUGGAAAUGGCCAGAACAUUUUGAAGUCGGUGAAUCAAUCGAAGCAACUCAAACUGGUGUUUACUUUUGGGGUGUAGACUCCAUUUGGCAUGGUUCUGAUAAUGCUUUAUUAUUCUUAAACUCCUAUAAAAUGAAAUUGUCUAUUAUAAUGGGUUUCAUUCACAUGGCUUAUUCAUACAUGUUUUCUUUAGUAAAUUAUAUUCAUUUUAAAUCUGUCAUUGAUAUUGUUGGUAAUUUCAUACCUGGUUUAUUGUUCAUGUGGAGUAUUUUUGGUUAUUUAACUAUUUGUAUUGUCUAUAAAUGGACCAUUGACUGGGUUGAAAUUGAAAAACCUGCGCCAAGUUUAUUAAAUAUGUUGAUCUCAAUGUUCUUAUCUCCCGGACAAAUUGAUCAACCUUUAUACGAUGGUCAAAAACAACUCCAAGUUUUCCUUCUAAUUAUUGCUUUAAUUUGUAUUCCUUGUCUUUUGGCUGUCAAACCUCUAUAUUUGAAAAGAAAAAUUGAUCAAAAGACCCAAUAUCAAACAAUUGAAGAUGCUUCUCCAAUCGUGUCUUCUGACACCCAUAUUGGCAAUGAAAAUUAUGAUAACGACGUUGAAAAUCACAAUGGUGAAGAAGAUGAUGAAGAUAGUGAGCAUGGAGAUCAUGAUGAAAAUUUCGGUGAUAUCAUGAUUCACCAAGUUAUUCAUACAAUUGAAUUUUGUCUUAAUUGCGUUUCACAUACUGCUUCUUAUUUGCGUUUAUGGGCUUUAUCGUUGGCUCAUGCUCAACUUUCUCAAGUUUUAUACACAAUGACAUUAGCUAAUUCUUUUGAAAUGAAAGGUUUUUUGGGAGUGUUUAUGACAUUUUUCUUGUUCUCCAUGUGGUUUGUCUUAACAGUAUGUGUCCUAGUUGUUAUGGAAGGAACUUCAGCUAUGUUACAUAGUUUAAGAUUGCAUUGGGUUGAAAGUAUGAGUAAAUUUUUCGAAGGUGAAGGUUAUGCUUAUGAACCGUAUUCUUUCGAUACUAUUUUACAAGAGGAAAUUUAAAGUUCAGUUGAAUUUGAGAACUUGAAAUAAUUCAAUUGAAAAGAUUAAAACAAAAGCUCUUAAAUAUCACCAAAAAAUAAACAAAAAAACAAGACAAAAAACAAGACAAAAAACAAAAGGCUAAAAAUUAAAAACGAAACAUGAUCAACCUUCCUAUUUACUACCUUAAUUUUAUGGUUUAAUUCUUGUCAAAGAUUAAAACAUUAAAACUAUUUUGGUUUCCGGUAAAUCCCUUUCAAAAUAUUUUUUAAACAAUAAAAAGAAUUAACGUUUUCCGACUCUAAUUACAUUUUAUUUACAUUUUUUUGAAAAGUAUUUAGUUUAAUUGAUUUUUUUUAUAUACUAUCAAUCUACAUUUAUUAUUCAUUUCUUUUUGUUGAG